AUGGCGGACGAACCGUUAAACAAGGAGGUAAACAGUGCCGAUAAAGAUCCGCUGUCAUUCUUUACUGCCGGAGAUUCCAGCUCGACCUCAGACUCUGAAAACGAAAGCGAUGUUAGGGAUGACGAUCAAGACAAAUUGAAAUCCAAGAGCCCAGCAGGUAAUGCAUCAGCACUCAAGACAAAGCUUCCUUCACCGACGACUUUGUUCGCAACAGUUGGGAGACCAGCUUUCCUUGAAACUAAAGAGGAGAGCUACGUCGAUUGGAACUCGCUGUCAAAACGAUACGAACCAAACACCUAUUCAGCUCCUCCCGUACAAUUUCCUCCUGUGACGGAAAGCAGCAGAGAUAGUGAAGAAUACGAAGAUGCUGUCAUUUCUUCUGCUCCAGUCAAAUACGGCAAGGAGAUCUCUGACAUACAAAAGCACUUAGUUGUUCACGAAAAAAGAUCAGUCACUACCGCCUUAAACAUCUUGAAAGAAAGAGGAGAAAGUGCUCCAAAGAAACAGAAAACGGAAAAUUUUAAGCAAAAAGAGAAAAGAAAACGCGAUCAAGGACAGACUUCUAGAGGAAAGAGUUAUGUGGAGGAAGAAAAGAGAAUAUUACGCCAAGACUUUGCUGCUGAUUAACCAUUACUCACUAUACGCGGUGGCCGUCAGACGCCUGCUAAAUGACUCCAUAACCUUUGUUUCAAGUUUCGGGAGAAAAGAUAUCCCAAAUUGCACUUUUUCUACCGUGAAGUCAAGGGUUACACUGUAUACAAGCUUCGUGUGUGAAAAAAGCGAUUUUAAUUCGUGAAUCGAGAUAUAUUACGUUUUUAACCGAAAUGUAGAGAACCCUUUUACAUGUGAAACACAAGCAAGCUUUAAAUUUUAGUUCAUAGGAUACUGCUAAAGGGGUUCGAAACACUAGCAAUAAUAUCCUCUCUCUAUGCACAAUCAUUUUGUAAUUAUAGACACCAUAAUCUUCUGCUGUAGACUGUCCACUUUUUUGAAUUCGCUAUGAAUUAUAAUUUGGGAAUUUCAAAUGCUCACCUCAGCCUCUGGAUUCGAAGCCAGAAGUCAAUUAAACCUCACUAAACAGAUCAUUACUUCUCGUCAAUAAUUUUUUUUCUACAUUUUCUGCACCUGACAGUCCACUAUGGGCGGAAAUUAAGUAAAAUUGCGAACACAAUUAAAAUCCAUUCGAAGGAAAAAUAAUUUACGGGAGGUACGGGAAAAGAAAAAGAAAGCAGAAAGAGGAAAACCGCCCAAAGGACGAAGAUGCUUGAAUGAGACAUCAUAACAUGAAUGACUUGCUCAACCUCGCGGUUACAUCCGGUUGGGAAAGGCAAUAUCUCAUGAAUCUAAGACUUUUUGCACAAGUUCUUUCA